CUACGGAUCAGGGCCUUAACCUUAGGCAACUGGCCGAGCACAGUGCUUGCUGCUGAACUAGGCAGUAGAUCCUGGAAAUAUUGGGGGAUAGUGCCUGCCAGGAGGGUGGAAAAUGGACAGUUUUGGUGCCUGCAUUCAGCACACAGGACUUGAUUGGGCAUCUGAGAUUUGCAUUAUUCUCAGACCCAUUUUGAGUGGAAGGUGCAGUUCAGCGGUACUUCAAAUGCCCUCUAAUCUGGUCUAAAUGAUGGAAAUCAUGCUGCCAAUAGUUCAGGGGCAGGGGAGAUGCCAUGCACAUGGAAGUAGUGCUUUGGGCCAAACCACAGAACAGAAAAUUGGAACAGAAUUAUAUAAAUCAAGGUCAGAAAUUUCCUGUUCAACCCACAGGGUGGAGUUUUCUCCACUCCUAUCCAUCCUACUGAAUAUAAACCCUGAUUUGAUGUCAGUAACUGGAAGAAGCAGCUGGUAGGACUCUCAUUUCAACUCUCAGCACUCACCAUGAAUGUCAAGGUAGUCCUCGUGUUCCUGGCACUGUCCCUCAUUACCAUCUUUGCCCUGGCCUAUGUCUUGCUGUCCAGCCAAGGGGGUUCCAGCCAACCUCCCCGCUGCCCCUCUGAAUCCCACAGUGCCCAGCACUGGACACACCCUGGCCAGAGCCAGCUGUUUGCAGACCUGAGCCCAGAGGAGCUGACGGCUGUGACGAGCUUUCUGACCCAGCAGCUGGGGCCAGGCCUGGUGGAUGCAGCCCAGGCCCGCCCAUCAGACAACUGCAUCUUCUCCGUGGAGCUGCAGCUGCCCCCCAAGGCUGCAGCCCUGGCACACCUGGACAGGGGGAGCCCCCCGCCUGCUCGUGAGGCACUGGCCAUCGUCUUCUUUGGUGGACAACCCCAGCCCAAUGUGAGUGAGCUGGUGGUGGGACCACUGCCACACCCCUCCUACAUGCGGGAUGUGACUGUGGAGCGUCAUGGGGGCCCCCUGCCCUAUCACCGACGUCCCAUGCUGAGAACUGAGUUUGCCCAGAUGUGGAAGCAUUUGAAAGAGGUGGAGCUACCCAAGGCACCAGUCUUCCUUGCUUCGGUCUUCAACUACAAUGGCUCCACCUUGGCACCUCUGCAGGCCACUCCUAGUGGCUUGCGCUCAGGAGACCGUACCACCUGGAUAGCCCUCCACCAUAACAUCUCAGGUGUUGGGAUUUUCCUCCACCCAGUGGGGCUGGAGCUACUGCUGGACCACAGGGCCCUGGACCCUGCUCGCUGGGCUGUCCAGCAGGUCUUCUACCUUGGGCGCUACUAUGCAGACUUGAGCCAGUUGGAAUGGGAGUUUAAGGCUGGCCGGCUGGAAGUGGUUAGAGUUCCUCUGCCCCUGCCAAAUGGAGCUUCAUCCCUGAGGUCUCGGGCCCCCCCAGGUCCUCUUCCACCUCUUCAGUUCUCACCCCAGGGCUCCCAAUACAGUGUGCAAGGGAACCUGGUGGUGUCCUCCCUCUGGACAUUUACUUUUGGUCAUGGGGUGUUUAGUGGCAUGAGGAUUUUUGACGUUCGGUUCCGGGGUGAGCGAGUGGCCUAUGAAGUCAGUGUCCAGGAGUGUGUGUCUAUCUAUGGUGCUGAUUCACCCAAGACAAUGAUGACCCGAUACUUGGAUAGCAGCUAUGGACUUGGCCGAAACAGCCGGGGCUUGGUGCGGGGCGUGGACUGCCCCUAUCAGUCUACAAUGGUGGACAUCCAUGUAUUAGUGGGCAAAGGGGCCGUCCAGCUGCUCCCAGGGGCUGUGUGUAUAUUUGAGGAGGCCCAAGGACUACCCCUUCGAAGGCACUAUAAUCACCUUCAGAGUCAUUUCUACGGUGGUUUGGCCAGCUCAGCUGUUGUAGUCAGGUCGGUGUCAUCUGUAGGCAACUAUGACUACAUUUGGGACUUUGUGUUUUACCCAAAUGGGGCGCUUGAAGGGCGGGUCCAUGCCACAGGCUUUGUCAACACAGCUUUCCUGAGUGGGGGAGAGGGAAGCCUCCUCUUUGGGAACCGUGUGGGGGAACGAGUGCUGGGGACGGUGCACACGCAUGCCUUCCACUUCAAGCUGGACCUGGAUGUAGCAGGGCUGAAAAACUGGGUGGUAGCUGAAGACGUGGUGUUUAAACCUGUGGCAGCCCCUUGGAGUCCAGAGCACCAACUUCAGCGUCCACAGCUGACUCGCCAGGUCCUGGGAAGGGAGGAUCUGACAGCUUUUUCAUUGGGAAAUCCCCUUCCUCGCUACAUUUACCUGGCUGGCAACCAGACUAAUGCCUGGGGUCACCAGCGCGGGUACCGAAUCCAGAUCCACAGCCCCCUCGGCAUACACAUGCCCCUGGAGAGUGACAUGGAGAAGGCCCUCAGCUGGGGGAGAUACCAGCUCGCGGUGACCCGGAGGAAAGAGGAGGAGUCACAGAGCAGCAGCAUCUAUUACCAGAAUGACAUCUGGACACCCACUAUUGCCUUUGCUGAUUUCAUCAAUAAUGAGACUCUCUUAGGAGAGGACCUGGUGGCCUGGGUUACAGCCAGCUUCCUACACAUCCCCCAUGCUGAGGAUAUCCCCAACACAGUUACUGUGGGGAACAGAGUUGGCUUCUUGCUUCGACCCUAUAACUUCUUUGAUGAGGACCCCUCCAUCUUCUCCCCUGGCAGCGUCUACUUUGAAAAGGGCCAGGAUGUUGGGCUCUGCCAUGUCAACCCUGUGGCCUGCAUCCCUCACCUGGCAGCCUGUGUUCCAGACUUUCCCCCUUUCUCUUAUCAAGACUUUUAACCCCAAGGGUGUGGUGGGACACAGAGGUAGGGUGGGUGGGUGCUAAGACAUAUGUACCUUCCUCUCUGUUCCCAAUUCCUGCUCCCCUGACUUCUACCCUCUUAAUGUUUCAGAGGAAACAGCCCCUUCCCACACUAAACCUUCAUAUAUCCUUUUAGUUAAUUCAUAUUUCCAGUGUCCUUUUUAAAAAUGAUGAAUUUAUACAAAUGAUAUUAUUAUUAAAAUAUUCAAGCAAGCCGGGCCUACGUGGCUCAGUGGCUGAGUGUCGAACUAUGAACCAGGAGAUCAGGGCUAGAUUCCAGUCAGGACACAUGCCUGGGUUGCCGGCUUGAUCCCCAGUGGGGGUGUGCAGGAGGCAGCCAAUUAAUGAUUCUUUCUCAUCAUUGAUGUUUUAUCUCUUCCUCUUCCUUCCUCUCUGAAAUAAAUUUUAAAAAAUAUUUUUAAAAAAUAUUCAAGCAAAAACACCACAAAUCCUACCACUCAGAAAUAGAUAGGGUUCACAUUUGGUGACCAUUAUACCAGAUAUUUUUUUAUCAGGUGCAUUGAAAUGGAAGAAUAGAUAGAAUUUUGUAAAAAUAGAUUGUAUGGCCCAGCUGGCACGGCUCAGUGGUUGAACGUCGACCUACGAACCAGGAGGUUAUGGUUUGAUUGCGGGUUAGGGCGCAUGCUUGGGUUGCAGGCUCAAUCCCCAGUGUGGGGCAUGCAGGAGGCAGCCGAUCAAUGAUUCACUCUCAUCAUUGAUGUUUCUAUUUCUCUCUCCCUCUCCCUCUCUGAA